UGCGAAAUGCGAAUCAAAAUGUCAGUUUGUCAAUAAAUUGCGAAAUGUGAAUUGUGGCGGCAAUACGCGUGGUAGAGUCGCGGCUUAUAAACAUAAACAUUAUUUUCUUUAGUUAUUUUGUUUGGAAGAAACGUGUAAUAUAAAAUGUUGUAACUUUUUUAUACUUUCAUGAUCCUUUUACAAUUUAUUACAAUAUUAAAAUGGAUGUGACAAGUUCAGAUGAAUCUUCGUAUAAGGUGGAAACAAGGAGACCAUGGUACACAUACAUAACAGUGGAACCAGUCAUGUUCCUAUACAUGAUGGCGUUUAUGAUAACCAAUGUGAUAGAACAGACAUUCUAUCUGUUCCGAGCUUGUACAGUGAACCAUGGCUAUAGUGAUGAUAUAUGCUACAAUAUUAGCGAAUAUGAUGAUAUUAACAAGGAAGUGCAGGUGACGGCGUCAGUGUUCCACCAAUGGAACGGAGUGGCCGGUCACAUAGUGCCUCUGCUGCUGGCGUUCUUCCUCGGCACCUACAGCGACAAGCGCGGCAGGAAGGUCAUCAUAUUGGCCGGUCUCAUCGGGAAACUCUACUUCUCCGUUAUGAUCACGUUCAUAACCACUAACUCGUGGCCGGUGGAAUACAUCAUAUAUUUCGCGGCUUUCCCCAGCGCACUGACCGGCUCGGACUUGGCCAUAUUCGCUGGAUGCUUCGCGUACUUAGCCGACGUAUCUUCGGUCAAGAAUCGAACCUUGCGAGUGGGAAUACUGGAUGCCGUGUACUUGAGCACUAUGCCUACGGGGAUAGCUCUGGGUAACCUAAUAUACACGAAGCUAGUGCAUCGCUCGUUUACAGCCAUGUUCGCCAUAAACUCGUGCCUCAUGGCGCUGGCAACACUGCACUGCCUGCUGUUCCUCGAGUGGCAGACACGAAGCGAGCAGGUGUCCCUAACGGACGCCGGUAUACGCAACCCGAUAAAGGAUUUCUUCGAUCUGAAUAAUAUAAAGCAAACGUUUGUGACGCUGAGCAAGCGCAGGCCGAACAAUAAGCGGAUGUUCCUGUGGUUUCUGCUCAUUUCGAUGGCGUUUUACACUUUUCAACGUGACGAAAAGGCAGUGCUAUAUCUCUACACUUCUAAAGUAUUCAAAUGGGACUCGUCCAACUACAGCAACUUCAAAACCUAUUUAAACACUUGCUACGUAAUAUUUACGCUUUUCGGGAUACCGCUUAUGACUAAAGUACUGGAAUGGAGGGACACGAUGAUAGUGAUGCUAGGUGCGCUGGCGCACAUGGGGGGACACUUCAUAUACGCGCAGGCGCAGAGCGCGCACCUCAUGUACGUGGGCGCCAGCGCCGCCGCGCUCGGCCCCUGUGUCGUGUCCCUCAUACGAUCCAUGACGAGCAAGGUGCUGACACCUAGCGAGCGAGGUGUCGCCUUCGCAUUCCUCUCGGUGAUGGAGAACGCGGUGGGAAUGUUCGCGUCGAUAGUGUACUCGCAGCUUUAUAAGGCGACGCUGGACACCGAGCACAUCAACUCGAUAUUCUACCUGACAAUGUGCACACAGGCUGUGGUCUUCCUUUUGGCCUUAACUAUGGAGAUAUUGCUCAAAGGCCGUCGUAUUGAGAGUCAACUGGAACAAGAUGAGCGGCGCAUGUCGGAGAGCACGUGAUAUCAAGAAAUCUAUAAUAUGAAGCUGAAGAGUUUGUGUGUUUGUUUGUAUGACCGCGUCAAACUCAAGAAACACUGGACCGAUUACUUACUUUACUUUAAUUUCAUAAAAAAAAUCUUUCACCGUUGGAUUUUUAUGUAAACCCUGCAUGGUAAAGGCUAUAUAUGUAUCACGGGUAAAGCCGGGGCGAUUCGUUAGUAUGUAGUAUCGCCUGUUCGUGCGAGAGAUUAGUACGCUGAUGAAUUGUAACAAGUUAUAAAAUUGCGUUUGAAGACAUUCCUUAUAAUGGUCUGAUGAUGAAAUAGUUUUUUGAAUCCAUUUGAUUGAUCCAGAGUUUACUGAUCAUUAUUUUUUUGAAAUAUAUGUAUGUUUUGUUUUAUAUUAUUAUGAAGUUGGUGAUGUUGAUAUGCGCCUUUCAAAUAUUUACUUAAGACAUUUUUUUUUCUAAACAUUCAUGCAUCUUGUGAUAUGCUCUUUGUUUUUCCUUGUAAUUGUUUAUAUUUUUCGAAAGUUUGAGAGUUUUUUAGUAUUAAGAUUUGUUCAUAAGAAAAUACUUUCGAAAGUUAAGUAUGAUUAAUUUUCGUUUUAUAAUUAAUUUCUAGUAAUUAAUCAGAUUAAUCAUAAUGGAUUUUGAAAAUUUCACAACAUACAAUAACGUUUUAAUUUUAUAUGUGUACUUAUACAUGUGAAAUAACUGGCUCAUCAAAUUUAUUUAUUUAAGGCUAGAAUCAAUAUCAGAGACAUAUUAACGUUGAUAAAAAGCCAAAUGUAUCCAUGUAUCUUUCAAACAGUUUUAUAUUUUAAUGGUUAGUAUGUUAGUAUAAGUAUCGAUUGUGGGAUACUGUUUAUAAAUACUUUUAUAUGAUAUUAUAUCAUUUUUUCAUUAUAUUAAGCCACAUCAAAUUAUCGAGAAUUAUUAUUAUUAUAUACUAUUAUAUUAGUACUAAUCAAUUGUCCUCGAAUAUUUAGUGACCCGCGGUAAAAUUUAUUAACAGUUUGUGUAUAUAUAUAUAUAUAUAUAAGGGAU